GACCCAAACCAUUUGCAACAACUUUUCUGAGUCUGCUGGUGUCUCAUCAAUGGCGAACUUCUGUUGUUCUAUUGAAUUGGAGCCCAGAACCCUGAGACAGGGGCAAAUCGACCAAGCUAGGGAAGUUGCUGUCGAUAUAAUGCAGAAGAAGGAACAAAAUGAAGCAUCUAGCAUUUUGGUCGAGGGACUGAAACCAGUUGCUUCAAUCAAGGAAAUGGUAAUGGUUGUGCAGGAAACAGACAUGCUACACAAAGAGGAUGAGGCUAAGGACAAGAUCAUCAAUAGCAUAACUGAGACAUGCUGCCAAUGUUCAUGCAUUUCUACCACGAUUGAUUCUCCAAAUCAGUCUCUGCUUAAGGAGCCUGGUUCCGCUCCCUUCUAAAUAUUAAAUAGCACCUUUAUUCAACUUUAAGAAAGGCAAUCGUGAUUGUUCUUGUUCAA